AGAUAGCCGCCCAAUCUCAUCUACUUCUUCUCUUUACUUUCUUGCUCCCCCCUCAGAUCGUGAUUCCAAUUUUCAAUACUAAAUCUCCGGCAAAUCAAACCCAGAGCGACCGGAAGUUACAAGAACCGAACUUCACUCUAAGGUUUCACCCUUUUUCGUCUCUAUCUCUAUAAUCUUCCUUCGGUUCUGUUUUCUUUCAAACCCUAAUAGAUCGGAAACCCUAGAAACCGUAUAAAUUCCGGUCAUUGAUGUACGCCUACGACAACCGAUACGCCGACGCAGGCUCCUACCGCGAGCGCCGAAGUGACCUAAUGGGUCCAGCGCCUGCGGCGGCAGCGCCACCGAUCUACGGCCGUGGAGGUGGGGUAGCCCCGUACAGGGGCUCAGCGCCUCCGGUGUCUCCUUAUGGAGGAGGAGGGGCUGGACCGGUAGGAGCUCCGGGAGAUAGGAAUGGAUACCCUCCUUUCCAGCCCCCGGCGGGUCGGUUCAGUAUGGGCCGAGACGGCGGUGGUAGUUUUGGCGGGAGAGCCCGUGGCGGCGGCGGUAGGGGUUUUGAUGGAUCCCGUGGGGGUGGUAGAAGCUCCGGUUAUAGUCGGGGUGGUGGAGGUUCAGGUUACGGGGGCGGGCGUGGAGGCGGUGGUAGACAUGGUGGUGGGUCAUCAAGAGGUGACUUGGAUGGCAUUGUUCUUCCCAAGCAGGAUUUUGGGAGCUUAGUUCCUUUUGAGAAGAAUUUCUACAUUGAGAGCCCUUCGGUGAAGGCAAUGUCAGAGCAUGAAGUUUUGGCGUAUCGAGCCAGGAGGGAGAUUACGGUUGAUGGGCAUGAUGUCCCGAAGCCAAUUCAGACGUUUCGGGAUGCAAGUUUCCCUGGUUACUGUCUUGACGUGAUUGCCAAGUUGGGUUUUGUUGAACCAACACCAAUUCAGGCUCAAGGAUGGCCAAUGGCACUAAAGGGUAGAGAUUUAGUUGGAAUUGCGGAGACUGGUUCCGGGAAAACCCUUUCAUAUCUGCUGCCAGCUCUGGUACAUAUUAGUGCACAGCCUCGAUUAGCUCAAGGUGAUGGUCCUAUUGCGUUAGUAUUAGCACCUACUCGAGAAUUGGCAGUUCAAAUUCAAGAAGAAGCUGUAAAAUUUUGUUCACAAAAUUAUAUUAGGAGUACUUGCAUUUAUGGUGGUGCUCCAAAAGGAUCCCAAAUACGCGAUCUUAGAAGAGGGGUUGAGAUUGUGAUAGCUACACCUGGCAGACUAAUAGAUAUGUUAGAAGCUCAGCACACAAAUUUGCGAAGAGUGACUUACCUAGUUUUGGAUGAGGCUGAUAGGAUGUUGGACAUGGGAUUUGAGCCGCAGAUAAGGAAAAUUGUAUCUCAAACCCGACCAGAUCGGCAGACAUUGUAUUGGAGUGCCACAUGGCCAAGGGAGGUCGAAUCCUUAGCAAGGCAGUUUUUACGUAACCCCUAUAAGGUAAUUAUUGGAUCAGCAAGUUUGAAAGCAAACCAAUCCAUAAAGCAAGUUGUUGAAGUUGUGUCUGAGUUUGACAAAUAUAAUAGGCUGCUCAAAUUGCUAAAAGACUCGAUUGUUGGGAGCCGAAUUCUGAUAUUUGUGGAGACAAAAAAGGGUUGUGACCAUGUCACUAAGCAAUUGAGGAUGGAUGGAUGGCCAGCUCUGUCCAUUCAUGGUGAUAAAAACCAGGCUGAAAGAGAUUGGGUCUUGGCUGAGUUUAAAAGUGGCAGAUCUCCUAUAAUGACUGCCACUGAUGUGGCUGCACGGGGUCUUGAUGUGAAGGACAUAAAAUGUGUGAUCAAUUAUGAUUUUCCAUCAAGCCUUGAGGAUUAUGUCCACAGGAUUGGACGAACGGGACGUGCAGGGGCAACAGGAACUGCUUUGACCUUUUUCACAGAGUCAAAUGGUAAAUUCGCUAGGGAACUGAUCAAGAUCCUGCAGGAAGCAGGUCAGGUUGUGAGUCCGGCAUUGUCUGCCAUGGCACGAUCAUCUGGUUUUAACUCCGGAGGGGGGAACUUCCGCUCUAGAGGACGAGGAGGCUUUGGUAAUCGGAUUUCUGGUUCAAAUACUGUUCCUGUUGGUUAUAAGAGACCUUGGUAGUCACAGCUGUGAAGGAGGCUGGGUAUCUAUUCAGCAGAUCGAAACAAAAGCAAAAGCAGUAUAAUGGAAAUGUUCUGUGUUCUGUUUUUUAUUUUUUAUUUUUUUUGUCAUUUGUAUUUGGCUAGUGAUGAGAAUUAUUGAAUUUUCUUUUCUACAUGGCUAGAGAUGCUAAUUAUUGUUACUAUAAAUUUAUUGCAAUAUCAUUCAGUUGUUUCCUUCGACA